AAAGUGGACAUUCCUUUAUUUCUCACUUAGUAUUUUUUUGUUGAAAAAUAAUAAUGUAUUCUUAAGAUGUCUUUUUAGAGGAAUUUUUUUAUUUUAUUUUUGCUUGUAUAGUUGUAUAUAAUUAGUUGUUAACUUUCAUGUGUCUGUUGUCUUUUUAUUUCUUUACUUCAUUUCCUAUGUAUAUUUUUGCCAUAUUUGUCAUCUUUUUGUCUUUGCGAUACUAUACAACUCACUGUACAGUAAUUUAUUCCAAGUAUUCGUUCAAAAUUUGUAAUAAUUUAUGCCACCAUGAUAUCUCCGUCGUAUCUUCGAAAUCAGUAGGAAUUAUUAUUUUAAAUGAAUUUAAAAAAGGGUUAAAUUCCAACCGCUCGGAGCGAUAUUUCAAAGUCUUAACACGAAUGCACAACGACCCUUUCCUUCAGUUCGACUUCAAUGGCGAAAACCGAGAAGAGAGCCAGAGAAAGAACCGUGUCUUCUUCGUAUUUUCUAGGAUGUUUUGGACUCUCCCGGAAAAUAUACUCCGACAAGGCGAAGGUUGCGGCGGAAGUGGGUUGCGAGAUGAAGAAGAAAAAGAAGCGAAGUCGGUGGCUUCUAUGUUCUAAGUUUCGCUCUAAGAACAGAGAGAUCAAACCGGUGCCGAUCGAGGAAACGGAGAUAACUACUUCAAGUGUAGAAGAUGAAACUGAUAAGGAGAAGCCCGUUUCACUGAUAAGUCGUAUCACUACUGAUCGUACGAAUGUUCUGGCUGAUGAUAAGGCCGUGAAUCAGGAAUCCAAAGAGACAAAACCGAAGGAGUUACGAGACGUAACCACCGACCGAUCAAAACCCAUUGAACUGUUGGCUUCCUCUAGAGAAGACACGCGUCCUGAACGAAUAUCCAUCAUGAACCCGUCUCGGGAAACAACCGGUUCACGGGUCAGAAAGUUUGACCCGGUUAUUGGAAUUUCGGUCAUUAUAUUGACGCUGGUGAUCAUGUUAGUUUGGGGUCGACUCUUUGCGAUUCUCUGUACAUCCGCUUGGUGUUAUUCUCUACCUCGUCUCAGAAACGUGGCCGCGUUGGUAAAACGCAGCGCUAGCGACGGUUCUGCACGUUUGAAUUCUUAGUCGUAUUAAAGAAAAGUCGUUUCGGACGUGUUUCUUGGACGGCAAAAUCCCGUUUCGUUGUAGUGACGAUCGAUCUCUUUUUUUAUUCGUUGUUUUCUAUAUAUUAUAAUUGUGUCAUCACUUUUUUUUAAGCGCUGGACCAUUGUCUCCGUUUUCGGUUGUGAAUGGAUACAUCAAAUGAAUAAUAUAUUGUCUGUGGUUUUUAUUUAGAAGUCAAUAUUUAGCAGCCUGUUAUA